GUCCAACUGUUUGAGCUGGGGUAGAUAUGUAACUGUACCUGCCUCCCACGAGCUUCACAUUUUUGGCUCCAUCAAUGGCGUUGAGUUUGACAUGGUGGGCCAUGGCACCGGCAACCCCAAAGAUGGGUCCCAGGAGCUACAAGUGAAGUCCACCAAGGGUCCCCUCCCGUUCUCUCCCUACGUCCUCGCCCCUCACUUCGCGUAUGGCUACGACCAGUACCUGCCUUUUCCCGACCAAGGGGUGUCGCCUUUCCAGGCCACCAUGCAAGGCAGCUCGGG